AUGGCCACAACAUGGCUGAUUUUUUGCCUUGGGAUAGUUUACAGCGUCCAACGGGCUCAGUCCUCUGGUAUCCUCCCGGUCAAAGCAACACACCACAACAACUCAGCCUUACAUCAAGUACUGGAAGCAUUAGCAGCCACUUAUCCCAACAUAACAAGGCUGUAUUCCAUUGGAAAGUCCUAUCAGGGAAAGGAAUUAUGGGUACUGGAGAUCACGAAAAACCCCGGUAGGCAUAUACCUGGCAAGCCCGAGUUCAAGUAUGUGGCAAACAUGCACGGGAAUGAGGUUGUGGGAAGAGAACUGCUUCUUCUGUUUGCUGAUUAUUUGUGUUCCAAUUAUGGAAACAAUGAUCGAGUAACAAGGCUUGUGGAUACAACCAGAAUUCACCUGCUGCCAUCGAUGAAUCCUGAUGGCUGGGAAAGCUCCAACGAAGGCGACUGCAGUAGUGUCAGGGGACGGUUUAACGCAAAUGGCGUGGAUUUAAACCGGAACUUUCCUGAUCCAUAUGACGGACAGAGGAAUGAGUUACAACCUGAAACCCAGGCAGUUAUGAACUGGAUUCACCAGGAACCGUUUGUCCUGUCAGCCAACUUACAUGGAGGGACGCUGGUAGUUAAUUAUCCUUUUGAUAACCUCCCAAAGGAGCUGAAGAGGUCUGGGUCAAGAGUUUAUUACAGUUCACCAGAUGACGACAUUUUUGUUUCUAUAGCAAAAGUGUAUUCAAAGACGCAUCCGACAAUGCACAUUGGGCACCCGAAAUGUCCAAUCCAGAGAAAUGAGAGGUUCGCGGACGGAAUUACAAACGGAGCAGCCUGGUAUCCAAUAUCCGGGGGAAUGCAGGACUACAAUUAUUACAAAACGUACGGUAUUUAUCCUGGUCACAUUUCUUUUUCUUUUUAAACACUAAGUAAGUAAUCAGGGGCGUAGCCAGGAUAUUUCCAGAGGUACAAUGUACGCACGCAGAAUUUGGCCUGCGUAGCUGGCGGGAUAGCGGCCAAGAAAGUAGGCUAGCAGAAUUUCCAAAUCCACCCUGGCUCAGGGGUGCCUGGGUUUGUUGCGAAAAGAAAUAGCAAAUCUGAAAAAAUUGAUUUUUUUUAGUGUUAUUAUAUUCUAAGGUGUCAAUAAACCGAACAUUAUUGUUGUUAUCUUUUUUAGGAAAGACAGAGUUGAGCCCUAAUUUGCUUAUUUACGUCAUCAUUUUCAUUCCUGUCAUGUAAAAUGAAAUCAUUAUUUGUUAUUCUCUGCCCCUCCCCAGCCGGCAAUAGUACUAAAAUCAGCCACUAUCAAUAUCCGGGAUUAUUCAGCCACAUUGUUCUCGACUGCUGGAAUCCCGACAUCUGCAUGCAGAAUGAUAAUUAUUACAGUUGCCAAUACAAAUAUUAAAUAAAAUUUGGAGGGUUUUUUGCGCAAGGCAGGAAAUGACGGUUGCAAGAAGUCUCAUUUUUAACAAAUUCCCGAGUGGCUUCCCCUAGACGCCCUUAAAAGUUCCUUCCUCCGAUCCGGCACUCAUGUGGUCAUAUCGGUUACCUUUUGGGGACUGUAAAGGCGGGGGUGUCAGUAGCAUUUUUCUUAGCGGCCCCUACCCAAUAAAACGCGCAAUAUUCAUUAGGAAUUUAGGUUUGAUAGAAAGAAUUCACAUUUAAAAUCUCCGUCCCCGACCCCGCCAAAAAAAUACAAAACCAAAAGUCCUAAAGACUGAGUGUUAAACUGGAGAUUUUCUGGAUUAGACGGAUAUGGAAAAAUAGCUGCUUAGUCAUUUCCGAUAUUCUGCAAAUUAAUGAUCUUCUCAGACUUUCCUUAUCUUCAUCCAGGAACUGUUUUGAAAUCACCUUGGAACUUGGUUGCUGUAAGUACCCUCCAGCACUGUACAUCAAGCCCUACUGGUAUGCCAAUCGCGAACCUUUGCUCAAGUACGUUGAACUUGUUCACACCACAGGCAUGAAGGGCUUUGUAAUGGAUGAGAGGGGCCGUCCACUAGAGGGGGCCAGAAUCAUAAUUGAAAAUCGCGCCAAGAAGAUCAAAACGUCCAAGGAUGGAGAUUUCUGGCGUCUGUUAGUUCCGGGUAAUUACACAGUACGAGUGGCCAAAAGAAAGUACAAGAACACAAAGCUUAGAGUAACCGUUAACCCAGAUCAAGCAACAGUGGUUAAUAUCACACUCGUGAGUAAAAGUUCAAGAAAUCUUAACAGGCGCAGACCGGUAAAAACAGUUAGUCCAGUUCAGGUUUUUAUCGACAAAGAUGAACGUAACGUAUCAUUUCAUUCUGCCUUAGCGCACAGGGAUAGAUUACGCCUGUCAGCAAAAGCUCCAAAGAAAUCUGCCUCUCUUAAGAUAACUCCUGUAGCCCAUACUUUCUUAAUUUCCCUUUUAGUACUAUUUUUUCAAAUGAUGUUUAUUGACAAUUAA